AUGCUUCAACUAACUCUCUACGCCAUCUUCCUUGCAAGCUCAGUGUUUGCUGGAAGUUCAGGCUGUGGAGAGAGGCCUGUGAUGGGUCCACCAAGUGGCUCCCGUGUUGUAGGCGGGCAUUUUGCAGUGAAAGGUGCCUGGCCUUGGCAGGUCAGCAUUCAGUGGAUGUCCAGCCAUAUAUGUGGUGGUUCCAUACUCAACCACCUCUGGAUUCUCUCAGCAGCUCACUGCUUCAACAAGAGCAGAGGCUACUCCACACUGCAGGUUGUGGCAGGGCUUCACUCUCUGUCAAAGAUUGGGAGUACUGCCCAGAUACGCUCUGUGGAAAGAAUUAUUAAACAUGAAGACUAUGACGAGACAAGUUUUGAGAAUGACAUAGCCCUGCUGCAGCUCCAACACCCGCUGUUCUUCACCACUCAUGUGCAGCCUGUGUGCACACUCAGAAAUGAGAGAGAGGAGAGGGAUCUCAGCUUCAGCUCCUGUUUCGUCAGUGGCUGGGGCAGCACUGUAUUCAAAGGGAGCUUGGUGGACACACUGCGAGAGGCUGAGGUGGAGCUCAUUGACACAGAGACGUGUAACCAGCAAGACUGGCACAGCGGCCAUGUCAGUGACAACAUGGUCUGUGCUGGACGGGAAAGGGGGGGUACUGACACAUGUCAGGGGGACAGUGGAGGUCCCCUGUCAUGUUACAGUGAAGUCACAGGUAGAUUCUACAUCUAUGGCGUGACAAGUCAUGGAGAGGACUGCGGCCUGCCGAAGAAAUCCGGCCUGUACACUCGCGCCAGCCGCUACUCAGCAUGGCUGAGGAUAGAGGAGAGAUCAGCUUCCUCAGGAACAGGAACAAAACCCACUAUCUUACAUGCCAUCAUCCUUUCCCUGCUCUGCCAAGGGGACAGUGGAGGUCCCCUGUCAUGUUACAGUGAAGUCACAGGUAGAUUCUACAUCUAUGGCGUGACAAGUCAUGGAGAGGACUGCGGCCUGCCGAAGAAAUCCGGCCUGUACACUCGCGCCAGCCGCUACUCAGCAUGGCUGAGGAUAGAGGAGAGAUCAGCUUCCUCAGGAACAGGAACAAAACCCACUAUCUUACAUGCCAUCAUCCUUUCCCUGCUCUGCCAAGUUUGGACACUCAUUUGA